GAAACGACCGCAGCUCUGCCGUGUGUUGCAUUACGCAAGCGGCUCAUAAUCAGCAGUGGAGCAGCAACGGAGGACAAACACACAGCAGCGCUGCAUGAGAGUUAGCGUAACUCCCUCUCUCUCCCCCUCUCUCUCUCUCUGUCCCUGAGCGAACAGCCUGCGUUUGGCUUCUGAAGCGCAGGAGAGUUUCUGGAGUCGCCAAGGACCAGCGGACAUGAGCGACUGACAUUCACACUUUCCAUCUUAUUUUUAAGCAGACUUCGAUGGCUUUGAAGGAGAGCCGCGUCACCUGGGGCUUUCUGUUGUGGUCUGUGACGUGGAGCUCGGCUUGGACUUUUACGCCACAUGAAGGGUCUGCGGUCAGUCCCAUAUUUCAUCGCACCACUCCACCUGCCACCAAGAUGGGGAUGAACAGCACUGAGACCCCUACGAGCAACUAUAUAGGCCUGAGCUGCACGUCACUGCUUCCCCCUCAGCGAGGUUCUUUCUAUGUAGAGAAGGGCAGUGGGAUGUCCGUAGGAACUGUUUUGGCGUUCUGGUGCCUCGAGGGAUACCAGCUGGUGGGCAGCGAGAAGAUCACCUGUGUCCUGCGUAGCGACACCACUCAGUGGAGCAACUACCCACCCGACUGUGAGGCCAUUCCUAAACCGGAGGACCGCGGGCUGAGAGUGGCCGUGCUGGCAUCGGUAGUGAGCAGCAUCGUCAUCCUCGCCAUGUCCGUGUCCUUCAUCAUCUGCUGUCUGCAGGAGCGCAUGAGCAAAGAGAGGGCAGAACGGACAGACGGACGGGGCAGGAUUAGAGACAAGCGCAAAUCGUCCUGGAAGAGCGAGUGCUGGCUGAAGAGAGACGAAGGAGACUGGGAAGCUUUUCCACCACCUAAAAUUUACAACCUUUCCCAGCAUCUUGACCCCCGUCUGACCCCUGAGAGCCCGGUUUAUAUGGGGGGACUAGCUGGUUAUGAUAACCGCGGGUAUCAGAGGAGUCAGGAAAACCUCCUGAAAGCUCCUCUUCCUGGUCUUUACCGUACGGAAAGCCAGAUGUACCCGCAUGUGGUCCUGCAGAGGGUUCCCACACCCACAGUGCCGAGUGUACCCAGCGCGCCCGUCUACCUCCGCCUCUCCACCCCUCCGCCCACAGAAAGCCCCAGCGAGCAGCCCGCUCCACAGCGUCUGUGGCCAUAGAAACACUUUUAUUCAGAACUUUUACAACUGUCGCCAUGGCGACGGAUUACGGCCCCUACGUGCGAACAGCUCCUGGGGUUCAGAAAACCAAGAGAAAUGAUGGACUCAAGCUAGAGCCACCUAGAUCCCCUCACACAGCUAGAUCUAGAUGUUGGACCAGGUGUGGGUCCAAAUGUAGUUACAUUUAGUAUGUUGCAUAUGCGAGGAGAUUUCUGAAUGACUCGAAGGAGGCCCGUUGUGUAGUUUCCUGGAGAGGAA